CGUGCUCGCAGCCGUGAGCGGCGCGCGCACUUACACACACGGGCUGACUUGGGCGGUCUGCUCGGAGCUCCGGUUCAAGCUCGCUGGUCAGCGGUACCCUCCGGACCCCGCUCUCUUUCGCCAUGGUGUCGAGAAUGGAGGAGGAUCCGCCGGUGCCGGCAGAGCUAUCUAUUGAAGAGAGGGAGGAGCUGGAGAACAUCAGACGAAGGAAGAAGGAGCUGAUGGCUGACAUUGAGAGGUUGAAAGACGAGAUUGCAGAAGUAAUGAGUGAGAUUGAGACUCUUACAUGCACAGAUGAAAGUAAAACAAGCCAAAGGAAUAAACAAAUGGCGAUGGGACGAAAGAAGUUCAAUAUGGAUCCCAAAAAGGGUAUACAGUUUCUAAUAGAAAACGACCUUCUCCAGAACACUCCUGAAGACAUUGCCCAGUUCCUGUACAAGGGGGAAGGAUUGAAUAAGACUGUCAUUGGGGACUAUUUGGGUGAAAGAGAUGAAUUUAAUCUUAAGGUUCUACAAGCGUUUGUUGAGCUUCAUGAGUUUGCUGACCUUAAUUUAGUACAGGCUUUGAGGCAAUUUCUGUGGAGCUUCAGGCUGCCAGGGGAGGCGCAGAAAAUAGACCGUAUGAUGGAAGCAUUUGCCUCGCGUUACUGCCAAUGCAAUCCAGGGGUCUUCCAGUCAACAGACACAUGCUACGUGUUAUCAUUUGCCAUAAUUAUGCUAAAUACAAGUUUGCAUAACCCCAACGUUAGGGACAAACCUGCAGUCGAAAGGUUUAUAUCCAUGAACCGGGGCAUCAAUGAAGGUGGCGACCUUCCAGAAGAGUUACUCAGGAACUUGUAUGAUAGUAUUAAGAAUGAGCCUUUCAAAAUCCCAGAAGACGACGGAAAUGAUUUGACCCACACAUUUUUUAACCCUGACCGAGAAGGCUGGCUACUAAAACUAGGAGGAAGAGUCAAAACGUGGAAGCGGCGAUGGUUCAUUCUGACAGAUAAUUGUCUCUAUUACUUUGAGUACACAACAGACAAAGAACCACGAGGAAUAAUCCCUUUGGAGAAUCUAAGCAUACGCGAAGUGGAGGAUCCUCGAAAGCCUAACUGCUUUGAGCUGUUCAAUCCCAGUCACAAAGGCCAGGUGAUCAAAGCCUGCAAGACUGAAGCAGAUGGCCGAGUGGUCGAAGGGAACCACGUUGUCUAUCGAAUAUCAGCACCGACCCCCGAGGAGAAAGAAGAAUGGAUCAAAUCAAUCAAAGCCAGCAUCAGCAAAGACCCCUUCUAUGACAUGUUGGCCACCAGGAAGAGAAGAAUAGCCAACAAGAAGUAAGCACGCAGAUAACUGUACCCAUGCUCGCAGGUGCUCAUCUCUAUGAAACACACCAGUCUUUGGAAGCUUUAUAAUGGAAGAAAUGAAGGACGUUACCUGCUCCUGGACAUUUCUCUGUCUAUGUCAAUAGAGAAGUCUCACAUUAGUGUUCUAAAGCACAACCUUUUAGCAGAAGCUACGUGCAGCUGUGUGAAAUUCUACCUUAAGUUCUUUCUGUGGGGUGGGUGGGGGGUCAAGAUGUCAGGGCAUCUACCUCAGCUGGUCUGGGGCCAGAGUGCAGGAGCAGGCAUAGUUGGGUCUGAGAAGUGGCUGCAUCUACACUAAGAGACACUACUUUCCAUCACCUUUUAUCUAUAGUCAAAACUAUAAUCAAGUAUUAAUUUUAAAGUCCAAGAAUGUGACUGAUAUAAACAACUAUACUGAUUUAAAAAAAAGUUCUUAGAGCACAUAAAAACAUAGACAAGAGAGCAUUAAUCAAUCUUACAGCUAGAGAUUCAUCAAUGAUGUUUUUGGCAUGAAGAGGAAUUGGAAGCAAAAGUUCUUUCCUAGAACUUUAUUUAAUAUAAUCUGCACUACAACAUGGUAAAAUUGUAUAUUUAUUUUCUUAGUGUAAUUGCAAAAAUAUUUGUAUUGUAAGUGUUUAAAAAUUUAAACCUUUUAAAUUAUGUGUAAAUAUUGUACAGAUUGUUUUACGGAUACUAACCUUACCAUACAUGUUUAAACUAUUGUUAAUGGCCUGUAGAAAUAAAAGCUAUUGCAAUUAGAUUCAGAUGUAUU